GAAAAUGAUUAGAAGUAGUGGUGCUAGUAACUCAAUUCUGCAAAAUCUGAGACUAAAAAAUCCCAAACUUUUGUUAAUAUCACAAUGCACCAACAUUCAAGAUCUCAAAAUAAUCCAUGCCCAUAUGCUAAGAACCAAUCUUUUCUUCGACAUUUUUGCAUCAAGUCGCAUAAUUGCUUUCUGCAUUGAUCACAAAACCAAAUUUCUCACUUAUGCCAUCAAAGUUUUCUCCCAAAUUCCCAAUCCCAAUAUCUUCAUUUUCAACGCAUUGAUUCGUGGUUGUUCCAAUAGUAAAAACCCAUCAAAUUCAUUUCAUUAUUACAUUCAAUCACAACGCAUUGGUCUCUUACCUGAUAACAUAACUCAUCCAUUUUUGGUUAAAGCUUGUGCUCAACUUGAGAAUUUAACAAUGGGUACUCAAAUUCAUAGUCAAAUAAUAAAGCAUGGUUUUGAAAGUGAUUUUUAUGUUCAACAUUCGCUUGUUGAUAUGUAUGUUUCUGGGUCUGAUUUAAAGGCUGCAAGAUUCAUUUUUAAGAUGAUGGGUCGAUUUGAUGUUGUUUCAUGGACUUGUAUGAUUAAGGGCUAUUGUAAAUGUGGUGAUGUUGAUUCUGCACGUGAACUGUUUGAUCGAAUGCAUGAGAAGAAUUUGGUCACUUGGAGUACUAUGAUUAGCGGUUAUGCGCGGAAUAAUCGUUUUGAUAAAGCGGUUGAAAUGUUUGAAAUUCUUCGGGCUGAAGGAGUGGUGGCUAAUGAGGUUGUGAUGGUUAGUGUGAUAUCUUCUUGUGGUCAUUUAGGUGCUCUUGCAAUUGGAGAGAAAGCUCAUGAGUAUGUGAAGAGAAAUAAUUUGGCUUUGAAUGUGAUUCUUGGAACAGCUGUUGUUGAUAUGUAUGCAAGAUGUGGGAAUGUUGAGAAAGCUAUUCGGGUUUUCGAGGAAAUAAAAGAGAAGGAUGUACUUUGUUGGACAGGUUUGAUUUCUGGAUUAGCCAUGCAUGGUUAUGCAGAGAAAGCAAUCGAGUAUUUUUAUGUAAUGGUGAAAAAUGGGAUAGUUCCUAGAGAUAUUACAUUUACUGCAGUGUUGAAAGCUUGUAGUCAUGGAGGGCUGGUUGAAAAGGGUCUAGAAAUAUUUGAAAGCAUGAAAAGAGAUCACGGGGUAGAGGCGAGAUUGGAGCAUUAUGGAUGUAUGGUUGACCUACUUGGAAGGGCAGGAAAAUUGGAAGAGGCGGAGAAGUUUAUUCUUGAAAUGCCUGUGAAGCCUAAUGCUCCAAUAUGGGGAGCACUGCUAGGAGCUUGUAGGAUUCACAGAAAUGUUGAAGUUGGAGAAAGAGUUGGAAAGAUUUUGAUCGAGAUGAAACCAGAACACAGUGGUUAUUAUGUGUUGUUGUCGAAUAUAUAUGCGCGAACAAACAAGUGGAAAGAUGCUACUGUCAUGAGAAGAUUGAUGAAGGAAAAAGGGGUUAGAAAACCACCUGGAUUUAGUCUCAUUGAGAUAGAUGGAAAAAUUCACGAGUUUACAAUAGGAGAUAAAACACAUCCAGAAAUAGAGAAAAUAGAAAGAAUGUGGGAAAAUAUACUGCAAAAAAUAAAGUUAGCAGGAUACAUAGGAAAUACUAGUGAGGCAUUGUUUGACAUAGAUGAAGAGGAGAAAGAAGAUUCACUUUACAGGCAUAGUGAGAAACUGGCCAUUGCCUAUGGAAUUAUGAAGAUUCAUGCUCCAGGGCCUAUUCGGAUUGUGAAAAACUUGCGUGUCUGUGAAGAUUGUCACACGGCUACGAAGCUAAUCUCGAAGGUUUACGAUGUAGAGUUAAUUGUGAGAGAUAGAAAUAGGUUUCAUCAUUUUAAAAAAGGUGUAUGUUCUUGUAUGGAUUACUGGUAAGAGAGCAAUGCAACCUAGUUUCAGAGUAACAUUGCAAAUGGAAGUUAUGUUAGACAAGUUGUAUGUGUGCGCUCACGCAAAAAUAAUUCGAUAAACCCCAAGAUUAAAAUUACACAGUGAUUCUAUAUGCAGUAUAAGUUGAUCUUUGAUCAUCCAUUGAUAAAGGGGAACUUUAAGAAUCAAUUCAGCCACAUCUGAAGUAAACAUGUUAUUUAUAGUUUGAUCAUUCUAAGUCUUGACCUCACAAUGAUUUAAGUGGCCGGCACAAAGAGAAUGAAUAGAUUCCGGUUGAGGGGAAGGGAGCCAAGCACUCACUCCCUCACCUAGCCAAGGAUCCUCCAUUACACUGAUAUGCAUACCAUCACCUAUUUUCUACCUACAAGCGUGCAAAAGUAUGCAUUUUUGUGGGUUAUUGUUUCGCAAGAAAUAACACCCCUCAAAACAAUAAUAACGACAACAAAUUUAUCAAAUUCAAUUUUUUUAAAAGCAGUAAAGUCUUUUCAAUUUUUGUG